CGUCAGGUCGCUCAUUUAUUGAACGUUUCUUCACAUUAGUGCGCACUCGAGUGCGCCACACACGCAGGGAACGAGACACACGCGGCAGAGCUCUCGAUCACAGCGCGCGCAGCCGGAUCGUUCCAAGUUUCAAAAUUCGAAUGUAACAGCAGCGGCGGGAUGCGACAUUAUAUCCGUCUGUCGGCGCUUUGAUCAACGCACAUCCCGCAGGAUGGAGAGGAAACUUUGCUGAAUUUACAGCUGAUUUUUCAUUUGCUUUGCUUCAGACAAUGGAGAGCUGACAGCUGAACGUGUGCAAGCGGAAGUACGACGACAGACAUCCACAGGAGCCACUAGAUCUACACAUCAGACGACGAUUUUAGGCCAUAGCAGCUGUCCUCAGUCAUGGCUGCUUAUGGACAGACGCAGUACAGCCCCGCGUUACAGCCGGCCGGUCCAUACACACCGUACACACAUCACACACAGGGCUACAGCAUGGCGUCCUACAAUAUUAAAACAGAAGAUGGCUUGAGUCAUUCACCAGGACAGAGCAGUUUGCUGGGAUACACGUCCAACUUCAGCGGCACUCCACCCGCUCAGACGCUCUACAGUUACUCCACACACGGCGGCAGCAUUUCUUCUGGAAUUUUCCAGGGUGCAAACAGCAUCACAGGCUCAACGCCGUUCAGUCCUGCACAGCAGGACUUCUCAACAUAUUCUAGCUACAGCCAAAGUCAAUAUUCGCCAUACUACAACACGCACUACAACAGCCCGUACAUCACAACCAGCAACAUCACGCCCUCAGCCAUCACCACGGCGAUACCCUAUCAGCACACGGAUCAUCCCGCUGUAUCGUCCAAUCACAGUCCGGAAUCACACACAGCAGAGUACCACGCUCCCACGAGUCCUCCGACUCCAGGAAAGGAGCAGGAAGGCGCUCCAGCGAGACGCAGCUCAGAUGGGAAGCUGAGAGGCAGGAAGAGGGCCAAUGACCCCGUCCCCCCUCUGGACUCUGACAUUGAGAGAGUGUUUAUUUGGGACCUGGAUGAGACCAUCAUCAUUUUCCACUCGCUCCUGACGGGGACAUUUUCCACACGCUUCGGCAAGGACUCUGGCAAGGCUGUGUCUCUGGGCUUGUGGAUGGAGGAGAUGAUCUUCAACUUGGCAGAUUCACGUCUGUUUUUCAAUGACCUGGAGGAAUGCGACCAAGUUCACAUCGAUGAUGUGGCCUCGGAUGACAAUGGGCAGGACUUGAGCACGUAUAACUUUGGCACGGAUGGUUUCCAGAGCCCAGCAGGUGGAGGCACGCUAUGCUUGGGCUCAGGUGUUCACGGCGGGGUCGACUGGAUGAGGAAACUUGCCUUCCGCUACCGCCGCAAAGAGAUCUAUAACACCUACAAGAACAAUGUAGGAGGUUUGUUGGGCAGUCCGAAGCGGGAAGAGUGGCUUCAGCUGAGGCGGGAGAUGGAGGUUUUGACGGAUCUGUGGCUGACGCAGGCACUCAAAGCUCUCGCUCUCAUCAACUCCAGACUGAACUGUGUGAACGUGAUGGUCACCACCACGCAGCUGAUUCCAGCGCUCUCCAAAGUGCUUCUCUACGGUCUUGGAGGAGCUUUUCCCAUCGAGAACAUCUACAGCGCCACCAAAACAGGUAAAGAAAGCUGCUUUGAGCGCGUGACCCAGAGGUUCGGCCGGAGAGCCGUGUAUGUGGGUGGGGAUGGAGUCGAGGAGGAGACGGUCGCCAAGAAGAAGAACAUGCCGUUCUGGAGAGUGACGUGCCGUGCGGAUCUGGAGGCAUUGAGUCAUGCACUUGAGCUGGAUUACCUCUAGAGGGCAGCAUGUGUCCGUCUGCCGUCUCCCGUCUCCCGCCGCGCCUCAGACGUGUGUGUGCAGUCCACAGGAAUCACAUGACCCAGCCAAGAACUGCAGGACCAAUCAGCAGGGAGCAGCAAUCUUACUGGAAACGUUUGCUUCAAAUCAAUCCAAGAAAAACGCUUUUUUUCUCUUUCUCGCACUCCACCUGAGAGGCUCAGCUCUUUCAUUCACUCGCUUUUCUUCACAACAGCACUGCACUGAAAACAAAGACCCAUCAGCGACUGAUUCAGAAAGCCCAUGUUCGGAAUAACAUACUAUCACACUACUCAUACUAUUUCUGCAGUAUGCAGUAUAUAUACUGUGCACAGUGUGUGUAUUUUCUGUUUGUGCAGAAAGCCUGAUGACAAUGGAGCACAACGCAUGGGUAUCCCAGAAUGCAAUGCACUUGACUUGAUUUUUUUACACCUCAUCUCUUUGGACUGCCAAAAAAAUGCAAACAAUUCCCACAGAAACUGGAUUCAAAAUAACUAUUUUUAUUUCUGAGAUGAAACUAGAAGUCAUGUGACAGUAAUGCAGCAAACUACUGUUUGAAAUGUUUAUCACAAUGCAUAAUGUGUACUAGUUUUUUUUAUAUAUUAAGCAGUAUACAGUGUAAAGUGUGCAGUAUGCUGUAAUGUUUGUUAGUAUUGUUUUCUAAACAUAACCGUUCUGAAACAACCCAUUUUAAGGAUGAAAGGCGUGUAAAAAUAGAAGAUUUUAGCAUUUUUUUUUUUUUUUACAUUUCUUACAGCAUUAAAUCAUAUGCAUUUCAAUGAAAAAAAAACACCAAAUUCAUAAGUGAAGAUAAAAAAUACAAGAUUUGAUAUAAUUGUAUGUAAUCAGAACUGAUAUUUUUCUUGCAAUAUCAUACCAAAUUGAUUGAAUAUUGCACCAUAUGUAAAAAGAAUAAUUCAAUAAAUGUUAACUUGAAUUAAAGUGCAUUAAAAUUAAGAUAUUGUACUAAAACUGCAGAAAAACUAACCCCUCACUUUUUGAGCACAAAGUACUGCAAAUCCACUUAUUUUAAUGGAAACUCCUGAAGUGAUUUAAAAGUGAACUAACCAAGAAAUUAGCCAAAGUAUUGUAGCAAAUCAUACUGCUACUGGUACUAAAAGAAAUGACACGAUUAACUUAUGAAUGUCAGUGUCCUGUGAGUUUCUGACUUCUUUUCCUCCUGUGUCUCUGACGUUUGCCUGAACAUCAUGUGGUUUGUUACUGGUGUAUAUUUGUUACUUUGCUGAAGUUGAUAUACUGUAUACUGUACUGUAUGUGCCACUCUGACCUGCAUGUGCUCUUCACAACUGCUUUUGUUCGCUAUGAUUUGUAUAUAAGGUUUUAUUGAUUAUUUCUGGGCUUAUUAUAAUAGAAUAAAGAUAAAUUAAUUUCA